GUCACUUUGCGUCAUCUCGGCCCGCUCGCUCCGUGUUCGGCUGGUGAUUUUUUCGCAUUUCAAAGUAAUUUUUCGUCCCGUCGAGAUCUCUCUCGCUCUGGUGUGUAAUCCGUCAUCAUCGUCCAUCGUGUGGAGAUUUCGAGCCCCAUCAGCAGUUCCAGAAGUGCUGUGCAGAAUCGCUACGGUAUUUGCCGAUACGUGGAGUGCGUCGGGUUGUUCGAUUUCGUCAUCGGGAGGUUACGGUGGAGCUGGUGCUGCUGCUGCUUCUUUGGGAGUGCUUUGCUGUGGGGAAGAUUGUGUGAGUGUGUGUGCUGCGACCCCGCGUGCGUAAAGUGCUGGCAGCGAGGUUGUAUGCGUGAGGGGCGCCCCACAAAGUGUGGGUAGGACGACGGUGAAAAAGAAGAUCUAUCAAAAGCGAAUAUAGGUACCUAUCAUAAAAACACCACCGUGAAAUAGCAGCAUAUGUUGUAAUCGCCCCAAAUGCCCCGGUGUUGUGUGAAAGAAGAUAACCGAAUCGAUUAGUGUUGGCGCUGUUGCUAGCGGGAUCAAAGUGUAUGCAGUGUGAUUGCAGCAGCAAUUGCGUGAAGUGAUAGUAGGAUUUCAGGUGAUUUCAACGUACCACAUAUAUGAAGAAAUCAUAGAAGACGGCGGCGACGAGGACGACAAAUCGUCGUUAUCAUCAACAGCAGCAGUGCCACCGUUAGGAAAAAUAAUCUCUCUGGAUCUACUACCGCCGCCGCGCUGUGUCGUGUUUCGCUGAUUUACGGUACAAUUAUUGUUGAUUGAAUUGUGUUUGCUGGGGGUAGUGCUGAGGAAGUUGGUGAUAAAGUGGCAAGAGGAGAAGACGAAGGCGUUUCGAGUGGCGAUUUAGGCGGUUGGAGGCGAAAGAAUUGAGCAGUCAUCUAUCUAGAGGAGAAGUCGAACAUCGAGUACCGAGAGGAAGAUGAAUGCCUCCGAUCAUGGAUUCAAUCCAGCAUUUAAUAUGGCCACCAUAAGACAGGCGAUCAACGAUACAAUUGAACGAGACUUUGGUGCUUUACUCAAAACAGUACGCAUCCCGACGCCGACCCGCCUGCGCGACCUCAUCCGACAGAUCCGUGCCGCCCGGACGGCCGCCGAGGAGCGGGCGGUGGUGAACCGAGAAUGCGCCUACAUCCGGGGCACAUUCCGUGAGGAGGACUCGGUGUGGCGGUGUCGAAACAUUGCCAAACUUCUGUACAUUCACAUGCUCGGCUAUCCGGCGCACUUUGGCCAGCUCGAGUGCCUCAAACUGACCGCCAGUCCCCGGUUCACAGACAAACGGAUCGGCUAUCUGGGGGCGAUGCUACUGCUGGACGAACGGCAAGACGUCCACCUGCUUAUCACAAAUUGUUUGAAAAAUGACCUCAACAGUACGACCCAGUUUGUGGUUGGUCUGGCACUGUGUACCCUGGGAGCCAUCGCGUCACCGGAGAUGGCCCGUGAUUUGGCCGGCGAGGUGGAAAAACUGAUGCGCUCGCCCAAUGCCUACAUCCGGAAAAAAGCUGCCCUCUGUGCAUUUCGGAUCAUCAAAAGGGUACCGGAGCUGAUGGAAAUCUUCCUGCCGGCAACCCGGUCACUGCUGAACGAGAAGAAUCACGGUAUCCUAAUCGCCGGCGUCACCCUCAUCACGGAAAUGUGCGAGAAGAGCCAGGACACGCUGAAUCACUUCAAAAAGGAUAGUGGAAACCAAGAGAUUGUCCCCAAUCUGGUGCGGAUCCUGAAAAAUCUAAUCCUAGCUGGUUACUCGCCCGAGCACGACGUGAGUGGCGUUAGCGAUCCGUUUCUGCAGGUGAAAAUCCUCCGGUUACUUAGAAUACUCGGCCAUAACGAUCCGGAUGCUUCGGAGGCGAUGAAUGAUAUCCUCGCGCAGGUUGCCACCAAUACGGAGACGAGCAAAAACGUCGGGAAUACGAUCCUGUACGAGACGGUGCUGUCCAUUAUGGAUAUCAAAUCCGAAGGCGGCCUGCGAGUGCUGGCGGUCAACAUUCUCGGUCGAUUCCUGCUGAACAGCGACAAGAACAUCCGCUACGUGGCCCUAAACACGCUCCUGCGGACGGUCCAUGCCGACAUCAGUGCCGUCCAGCGACAUCGCAGCACCAUCCUGGAAUGUCUCAAAGAUCCGGACGUUUCGAUACGGCGCCGAGCGAUGGAACUCUCGUUUGCCCUGAUCAACUCCCAGAACAUCCGGGCCAUGUCCAAGGAGCUGUUGAUCUUCCUGGAGAAGGCCGAUGCCGAGUUCAAGGCGCAGUGCAGCAGUCGGAUGGUGCACGUGGCCGAGCGGUACGCCACGUCCAUUCGCUGGCGACUGGAUACUCUGCUGAGCGUGUUGAUUGCGGCUGGAAACUACGUUCGGGAUGACGUCGUAUCUUCCACCAUUCAGCUGAUUCUGAACAGUCCACCGGAGGAGCAGGCCUACAUCGGGCUCCGGCUGUGGGAUUCACUUCACAACAUUACCAACUCGUUCGAGGAUAAGCAACCUCUGCUGCAGGUGGCCGUUUGGACGAUCGGGGAGUACGGCGACCUGGUGUUGAGCAGCGAACGGAUCGAAGAUGUUGAAAUUCCUGCAGAGAGUGAACUGGUGGAACUGUACCAGAAGCUGCUAUGGUCUACAUCGGUGUCGACGGCCAGCAAGCAGUACACGCUGGUGUCGCUGGCCAAGCUCAGCACUAGAAUUAAUUCGAAAGAAGAGGAAGCUCGGGCGAAACAGAUCAUCGAAGCGUUCGGAACGCAUCUGCACAUUGACCUGCAGCAGCGGGGUGUGGAAUUUUCACAGCUCUUCCGUGACUACAGUCACUUGCGUCCGGCUCUACUGGAGAAGAUGCCCAAGAUACAGAAAUCGCUGCCCAAUGGAAACGACAGUAAUGGCAUCUUCGACGAGCACUCGAAUAGUAUCGAUCUGAUCGAAGGCGAUGAGCUGGAAAGCAGCGGGUUGAUGUCGCUGUCCGGAGGAGGUGGUAGCUUGAAAGUGGGAUCUGAUUCGAAUGCUCUUCUUGAUCUACUGGGCGGUGGAAGCGAUGAUCCUGCGGACGGUCUUGGCCUUGUUUCACCAACAAACUCCAUCAUUCCAACGGCGACGACCAACGGAAAGACUCCCAUUCCAAGUAGUUCCAACAAUCAGGACCUACUGGAUCUGCUUGGAGGGCUGGAUAUGCCAGCCAGCACUCCACCAGCGGCCAUACCGCCGCUAGGCGGAGGCAUUGGACUGGAUCUGAACAGCCUAAACGACAACAGUAUAAAGGCUCCUGGACCGCAGACCACGGGUGUGACGAGUUCUUCUUCGUUCGGCGGAUUGGACAAUCUGCUGAACUCGAACGUGACGUUGCCAGCGACAACGGCAGCGACGACAAUUCCAACGGGACUGGCCUCACCAACCAGCCUCAUCAAUAGCAGUAGUACCGCCAAUAGCCUUUUCAACGACUUCUCGUCGAUUAACAAUAAUGAGGAGCACGCGAAAACCUUGACAGCCUUAGAUAAGAACGGUCUACUUGUACAGUUAGUGGCGAAGAAUAGCGGUGGAUGUCUGCAGAUCGUCAUGACAGCUGUAAAUAACUCGUUAAUUACACUAGAACAAUACCUUUUUCAGGCUGCCGUUCCCCGAAGCUUUACGUUACAGAUGCUCUCGCCGUCUGGUUCCACUCUUGCACCCGGGGGAACCAUCACUCAGGAGAUGAGAGUAUCCAGCACUGCAAAGGCCACCCUCCGAAUGCGAUUGCGGAUAUCGUACCAGUGCGACGGUAACCCCAUCCUAGAGCAAACCGAAGUGUCCGGAUUCCCCGAGGAGCCCACUCCGCUCGAAUGAGGUUCGAACUGGAAUGUAAAUAUCACGGUUCAGUUUUAGUUUGUCGUUGUCCAGGUCCACGGGGCAAUGAGGUGAGGAAACUUUCAGUUUGACCUUCUUUGGCUUCCGUCUUCGAACAUCGCUGUUUUCGGUUUUAUUAUGUGAUCUAGGGACAAAUUUUAACGCGAAAGGCUACGCAACCGAUUGUGACAAAAAUGAGAAACAAGGAAAUUGUCAGUCCUUCCAUCCUCUACUCUUAAUUAGUCAGGUAACCACAUUUAGGGUCGUUUUAUUUGCUGCCACGUGGGGGCAAUUCUCAGAACAGAAACUAGUUAACUAAUCCCCCAAACCGCUAUGAAUUAUAUUCAAAUUAAUAACCUAUAUGAAAAAAAGAAAGUAAAACAAAAACACUACUAGUGAGAUAGAUAAUAUAUUCCUAAGAACAAUGUUAGUGAAUGAAAGAGAAGUAGAUGUGUUUCAACCGGUAUGAUUGGAUGUAGAACGUGUGAGGUUGUAAAUAUUCGUGAUGAACACUGAAAGAGAGGAAGCGGUAUUAAUAUUAGAACUUCGUAGAAUCGGAACGUGCAAGCAAGAAACCCCAUGUUUUUGAAACAGCUAGUAACUCGAGAAAAGCAAAGAAAGACCGUUGGCUCAAAUAGUCCGUUCGUUGAGACUCUCUCUAUGACGUCGCUAUCACUAGGAAGAAGUCUCUCAAAUUAUACUCUCGAUGACAUAUUGUGUUUGCCUUUUAUUUAAUCCUUCGGUUUUCCACACGAGAUUGCUUUUUUAUAGUGUAAUUUCUCCCGGCUAAGCAAAGCGAUAAAAUACUAGAAGCAAAUGUACUGUUUUCCGUCCAAAUACACCCAAUUCGAUGCAUGAUGAAUGGGCGUGUGAAAGAAUAAAAAAAAAACAAAGGCGUGAGAUUCAGAGAAUUUUUCGGCUUUCCUUUCUUGAGUCUCGCAUUUUGUGCGAGGAAAUCAAUCGUAAUGUAUGGCAAAUGCUCUAAUAGGCAAAAGUUUCGCUAUCUAAAAUAACAAGUUUUUAAAACACUCUUACUGCUAAGUUUCAACUACUAUCUUUCCGUUCGAGGUCGGAGAUCAAGACAAUAUCUACUUAUCUGAACCUACCCCAGACAGUUGUUUUCCGCCUCAUAAAGCGGAACGUUUCGAUUUGUUUGACUCGGUCCGUUGUUACGCUUCACAUACAGUUACACACACAUAUGAAGAAUAAACGCAGUAUUUUUAUACCAUGAGAGGGAUUAAGUGAUGUGAAGUUUUGAAAACAGAAUGGAAGUGACGCAACAUGUUAUAAAAAUAAAGAAUAUUAGGGAAACACAGAAAACUACUAAAUUGAUAUGGAUGAAGUGUAGGGUUUAGAGAAGGUGUGCGCUAAAGUAACCAAUCCUAGUAUGAGCAUAAGCAUAAAAGGGAAGUGCUGUAUCACCCAAUCCGAGUGGCAAACACUUCUAGAGUGAGUGAUUAUGUCUAGGUGAUAACCAGGAAGGAGCAGUUGGAGACAGCUAUAAAUAUAUGUAUAAUACACAGACACCCGAUUGUAAUAUGA